CCCAAACACCCUGCCAGGCACCAACCACAACGUACCCACGGCCUGGCUCAUUGCCUCACGCUCCACAUCUAUAUAAGGCCACACAUUUCCUGCAAAGCUAGCUGACCGAGCCACCAGCUUGCUAUCUAGUGUGUGCUUCAGUUCAUUUGUCACUUGUUCCCAUCCAAACGAUAGCUAGAUAGAUCCAUGGAGCUGCUCGCCCUGCUCACCUUGCUGCUGCUGGCGCACACGGCGGCUUACCUGGCGUGGCGAGCCGUGUCGCGCCGCCGCCGCGCGCGAUGCUACCUGCUGGACUACGCCUGCCACAGACCCUCCGACGACCGCAAGGUCACCACCGAGAUGGCCGGCGCCGUCAUCGAGCGUAACAAGCGCCUCGGCCUCUCCGAGUACCGCUUCCUCCUCAAGGUCAUCGUCAACUCCGGCAUCGGCGAGCACACCUACUGCCCGCGCAACGUCAUCGAAGGACGCGAGGAGAGCCCCACCCACGGCGACGCGCUCGAGGAGAUGGACGACUUCUUCGGCGACGCCGUCGCGGCGGUACUCGCCAGGACGGGCGUCGCCCCGCGCGACGUCGACCUGAUCAUCCUCAACGUUGGAUCAUUCUCGCCGGCUCCCUCGCUCGUCUCCAGGAUCGUGCGCCGCUUCGACAUGCGGGAGGACGUCAUGGCAUACAACCUCUCCGGGAUGGGCUGCAGCGCGGGGCUCAUCGCGGUCGACCUCGCUCGGAACGUCAUGCUCACGCGACCGCGCACCAUGGCGCUCGUCGUCACCUCUGAGUCGUGCGCGCCCAACUGGUACACGGGCACCGACAAGUCCAUGAUGCUCGGGAACUGCCUCUUCCGCAGCGGCGGCGCCGCCGCGCUGAUCACCAACGACCCGGCGUUCCGGGGCCGCGCCAAGAUGGAGCUGCGCUGCCUGGUGCGCGCCAACAUCGGCGCGCACGACGACGCGCACGCGGCCGCCGUGCACCGCGAGGACGCCGACGGCCGCCUCGGCGUCAGCCUCAGCAAGGCUCUCCCCAAGGCCGCCUUGCGCGCCUUCACCGAGAACCUCCAGCGCCUGGCCCCGCGCAUCCUCCCCGCCGGCGAGCUCGCGCGGUUCGCGGCCCGCCUCCUCCUCCGCAAGCUCCUCCGCCGCAAGGUGAAAGGCGAGGGCCCCAAGAUCAACUUCAAGACCGGCGUGGACCACUUCUGCCUCCACCCCGGCGGGACGGCGGUGAUCGAGGCGGUGAGGAAGAGCCUGGGGCUGAGCGGCCACGACGUGGAGCCGGCGAGGAUGACGCUGCACCGGUGGGGCAACACGUCGGCGAGCAGCCUCUGGUACGUGCUGUCGUACAUGGAGGCGAAGCGGAGGCUGAAGCGCGGGGACAGGGUGCUCAUGGUGACCUUCGGGUCCGGGUUCAAGUGCAACAGCUGCUACUGGGAGGUGAGCAGGGACCUCGCUGACGCCGGCGCCUGGGAGGACUGCAUCGACGAGUACCCGCCGGAGACCCUGGUCAACCCCUACAUGGACAAGUUCGGCUGGGUCAACGACGUCCAGGGGCAGGGAGGUGGCUUCGUGUUCUAAUCAACCACGCGCGCUAAUUAAUCCAUGCAUUAUUGCGUACGUAAUUAAAUUUUAAUUUCUUAUCUUAUCGUUUUGGGACAGGCAAAACUAAGAUUAUUGGUUAAUUAUUAAUCGGACGACCGAUCAAGAGAAGGCGUGUACGUAUACGAAUACACAUUAAUGGGGGUAUACAUGUAUACUUGUAAAAUGUUCAGGUCGCAUGUGUACGUAUGUGUUCUAGCUUGUAAACCUGUUCUUUUGCAUGCAUGCCCUGCAAGAAGGAAUUAAUUUACGUACAGCAGGGUGUGCAUGAAAAGAAACAAGAGGUUGCAGGGAGCACUUGUCUGUAUGUGUAGAUGCGGAUUUUAAUAUUUACAGGAACAUAAGUACUUGAUUAA